AGUGUAGAUACCUAGGUAUACAAUCGUGACUUAGGCAGUCAUGGAGAAUAGAGUGUGGGUAGAUAAAAGUGAGAAAUUCUGUUGCCUGAAGUAAUAAUUCACCCGGAACGACAAUAAAAGGCAGUCUAUCAUCGUUUCUAUUUCAUAUAGACCAAGCCUCAUUCACCCCGCGUGACUGGUCUUUCUCCUACAUCUGAGUGUCUUUCCCCGCCAUUCCAUUCCAUCAUCACCAUGCGUCAGGGCAGCUCUACAGGGCAUUAUUUCCAGACCGAUGCUGAGCAAGCUCAAGAGGAGAGGCGCGCAACAAAAGCUAGUAACAAAAAUGGCGAUCCCAUUGUGCUCAAGUCCAAAUUGCUAGCUGCUAUUCCAGACGCUUCAGCUUCUAGCUCGCUGCUCAUCGCUGAAUCCACGGGGUCCGUCCGCAGAGUGGACCUAGAGUCAGGGGAAGCGAAGCAGGUAUACAGGGGCCCGGCUGCACCCGUCACCUGUGUUGCGGUCGGUGGCCCAGGAAACCGCACCGUAUUCGCCGGAUCAUGGGACAAGGACAUAUGGUCUUGGGAUUUGGAGACCAAGACUCCGGGUCGGAAGUAUAGUGGCCACGCAGACUUCGUUAAGACCGUCAUAUGCACAAAAAUCGGACCGAAGGACUGUCUUAUCAGUGGAGGCGCAGACAAGAAGAUAAUCGUUUGGGAUGUCGAGACAGGAUCUCGUAUUCAUGUGAUCCAAGACCAAACCAUUUCCAUGAUGGCCCUUCAGCAUCUGGUCAUCGACCCCUUAGAGUCGACCACUGAGGCCGUUGUCCUAGUCAGCGCCAGCAGUGAUCCCCAUAUCCGACGGUGGCGCAUAACAGCCGACACGGUUGAACAAAUCAAAGAAGCGUCACCGAAUGAGCCGAAUUCUGUGCGUCAUAGUAUUUUGGAACACGACACAACGGUUUACAGACUGUUCUUUGACACAGAAGGCGAUGAGGUGGAUCUCUGGACAUCAAGCGGCGACGGCACCGCGAAGUGCCUUUCGCGGCAAAAGGGGUUUACGACAGAAGAUACUAUCAACCACGGCAGCCAUGUAAGGGCCGUAGCCGUUACGGACCAAUGGAUAAUCACAGCGGGGCGAGACGAAGACGUAAAAGUCUGGGAUCGCACAUCUGGAAAGCUAUAUUGCACUCUCGAAGGACAUUACAACGAGGUGACAGACCUCAUUAUUCUGAACGAGGGAAAUCUAGUAGCAUCUGUGUCCAUUGAUGGGACCGUCAGGAAAUGGCCGCUUCACAAAAACGAGCUAGAUAAAGUCAACAAGGACAGAGAGGACAGGGCCAACGGAGUUGUUCCAAAAGAAGAUAUCCCAGAACCAAACGAGAGCGUGAUGACGGCAGAAGAAGAAGCCGAACUUGCAGCAUUGAUGGAAGACUAGCGAUCGAAAUAAUGAAUCAAUUCCAUCAUCAGAUUAAUAAACUACUUGCAUCUCACUACUAACCUUAAUUAUGGGAUUUGUGUUCCGAUCUUUCACUCAUAAAUAAACUGUUAAGUCA